AUGCCCGUGUACAUCGGUAUCAUCGGUACACUAGUGCUAGUGUACAUCUCGACCUUCGCAUACCGGCUGUUACACAACAUCAACGCUGCAAGGAGUAUCGGCCUACCAUUUCUGAUCUACCCGGUAAAUCAAAACAACAUCAUCUGGUUAUUGACAUCUGUCCCUUUACGUCCAUGGCUACGACGUAAUCUCCCCACGCGGAUCUACAACCGCCUGACGCUAGUGAUCUAUGGCUGGGAAUUCUAUGAGAAGCGUCGUCCGUUUAAUGAAUAUGCAGCCCCGCAGGGCGAUGACAGGUCAUUCUUUCUUGCCACUUGUGGAACCCUAGAACUUUGGACAGCAGAUCCAGUCGUCGCUUCGGAGGUUCUGCACCGUACAGGUGAUUUCAACAUUCCACCUAUCACUGGCCUACUUUUCGCUCAGUUUGGACAUAAUGUGUUCACUACAAAUGGCACGAGAUGGGCAAAUCAGCGCAAGGUUGUCGCGAGUGUGAUCAACGAGCGCAUCUCUAAGACUGUCUUCGAUGCGGCUAUACUUCAAACUACGGGCAUGCUAGAUGAGCUUCUUCUCACUGCUUCCGAGAAGAAGAACUUUGUUGAGUCAAAUGAGUUAUUUGAUAUGAUUAGGCGGGUCACAAUUCAUGUGCUAAGCGAAGCAGGUAUGGGUGCGAAGGCUCCAUGGAGGAGUCAGGAUGAUGAGAAACCCGAGCCAGGGUUUGAAACAACAUAUAUUGAAGCCUCCAAGGUGGUCAUGGGCGCUAUUACUGGGCCGAUAGUUAUCCCAACCAGUAUUCUUUUGAACUGGCCAUCCUGGUUGCCGGGGCAUCAGGAUUUGAAGCAGCUAGGAAUUAGCAAGCGCGAGUUCUCGAGGCAUACCAAAAGCUUACUCGAUAAAGAGCGUCAACGCACUUUCAAAGACAAGGCAGCGCUAAGACGAAGCAACAUAAUGAGCCAACUGCUCCAAGCAUCGACUGAACAAGGAAACACGGAUAAUAGCCUCAGCGAAGAGGAACUAAAUGGCAACCUCUGCCUCUUCACAGCAGCGGGCUUCGAAACAACAGCAAACAUUAUCUCCCACGCGAUAAUGCUGCUUAUCCGAUAUCCCAAAUGGCAGGAGUGGCUCUUCGAAGAGGUCGACAACAUAGUGCCCACAGACGUGCGAGAAGACCUAGAGUAUACUUCCAUUGUUCCUCGAGUGACGCGCAUCAUGGCUGUUAUGUUCGAAACAUUGCGACUAUACUCACCGAUUAUCCGCAUGUUGAGGACAAAUGAUGCACCACAAGAGUUGAAGACCUCCAAGGGCGUGAUUCAUCUCCCAGCCAACUCUGCUGUGACUAUUAACAUCAUUGCACUGCAUCUUGAUCCAGAAGUGUGGCCCAAUAUCAACAGGUGUUCUGACCCAUCAUGGGUCGCGGAUGAUCACCAAGUACUCCCGGACGAAUCCACAUUCAGGCCCUCUCGCUGGAUCAAUCCUGAUAGGGCCCCACGAUGGCUAUACCAACCGCCGAAAGGAUACUUCCUUCCGUGGAGUCAUGGCCCGCGUGUUUGUCCGGGGCAAAAGAUGGCGCAGGUUGAGUUUGUAGCGGUCAUACUCAAGCUACUACAGCAUCACCGCAUAGAUGCCGUUCCGCUUGCUGGGGAGCAACGGGGGGAUGUUGAGCGGAGGCUGAGUAAGGUGAUGGGCGGUUGUAUUCCUAAGAUGACGUUGGUUAUGGAGGGUAUAUAUGAUGCAGGAAAGACUGGAGGUGUGCCGGUGCGAUUGUCUAGGCGAAAAUAA